UCCGAGUAGUGGAAUGUAUCGCCCUGUAACAUCCGUCUGCGAUUCUGAUCCAAUCUACAUAGUUCGCCUUAAAGACCCGCCUGUCGCCGCAUACGCUGGCGGAAUCGGCGGCUACCCCGCAACCGCGCCUGCCGCCACCGCCAAAACCGCCGCCGGCGCGCUGAACAAGCUGGGGAAAGCGGCGCGGAACGCGGCGAAGCAGCUUUGGAAGAAGCGGCCGAGGCUGAACGUGCGCGGCGCGAACGUUAAAACGUUCGUCAAGUUCUUAAAGCAGCAGCAGAAGAAGGUUGCGCAGGACGUGGGUGUGGCUGCCCAGAAGCUCAUCCACAGACCCAAUAACGACAUCCUUAAACCCGACAUCAUCGCUCCGGGCGUCGCGCUCUGGGCGGCGGCUCCUAGUCCCACGCUCAUCGACUACGACAGCUAUUUUAGGAGGCUCUCCGGGACGUCCAUGGCUACGCCGCAUAUUGCGGGAAUCGCGGCGCUGAUCAUUCAGCAGAAGCCCACGUGGACUCCGGCGCAGGUCAUGUCAGCGAUAACGACGACGGCGAGCGUGCGAAACAACAGGGGGACCCCAAUCCGGACGCAGCAGAAAGGGCAGGCGUCGCCAGCAGGCGACCGCGUCGCGACGCCGUGGGAGAUGGGGUCUGGGCAUGCGAAGAAGGAGUUCCGUUCGAUCGCCGUCAAGCCCAUUCGCGCGUGCAAUCUCAACCGUGCGUCGAUAAGUGUGUCGAAACUGCAGCGAUCGGUGACGGUGACGCGACGGGUUACCAAUGUCGCCAGCGAGGCUUCAACGUACGAAUCGUCAGUGGAGUUUCCCCCUGGUGUGAAUGUGGUGGUGAACCCUCCAAGUUUCACCAUCCAGCCUGACCAAACGUAUGACAUGGGCCGAUGACAAGGGCCAUGUGGUGAGGUCUCCAAUUGCUGUUCAGCCCA